CCUUUAAAAAACAUUUUGAUACUUGAAGCACCAAUCAAUAAGCACAAUCCUACGACUGUCAGAAAGUCGAAAAGAAACAAAUUCCUUUUCAUCCAUCGAAAAUCUAUAAACCCUAAUUCAGAAUUUAGCCCCGAUCACUUCUAACUUUAUCUUCAGAAUUCAACUGAGCUCAUCCAUCUGUUUUUCGUCUCCUCCCAUACUAACACUAGUUGAUAGCGAAGCGAAAUCAGGGUCAAUCUCAUAUCUUUUAUUAAUUCCUUGGUUACAUGAUAUUAUUGACUGUUGAGUCAUGAACAAGAUUAUCCAAUCUCCUUGUAGAGAUACCAUACUUCUUCCUCAGCAGACAGGGCGUCUUGUGGGUUUCUUAUAGGGUGUUUCCGGAGCUCACAGUUGGGGUGAGGGCCCAGAACACGGGUGGGGAUUGGGGAAAGAGGUACUACCAUUUCUGUAGAGAAGAAGCUAAGGGCACAGAAGUAGUAGAAGACCUUGUCUUAGAAGGGAUUAAAUUGACUUUUUGACCAUGCUGUUGAUAAACAGUCUAAAGGAAGGCUUAUUUCAGUGACUAUGAGAAAAGGGCACUUUAAGAAAAUAUUAAGCGUGAGGAGAGGGUGAUGGCGGCAUUAAAGGACCUUCUUCCACCUGUAAAGUCAUCAGGGACCACACAUUAUGACCACUCUAAUGAUCCUUGGUUCAAACAGAGGUACAGCUCAUCUGAGGCUGAAAUAUCCGAGAUGGUCAAGCCCAAGCCGGUGCCACCAUACUUGAAACGGGCUGGAUUUAAACCUUCGAAGCCUGAGGACUUUGGCGAUGGAGGAGCAUUUCCAGAAAUCCACUAUGCACAGUACCCACUUGGUAUGGGAAGGAGUAAGUCUCAGAAUGCCGGUUCAAAGACUUUGCCUGUUACAGUGGAUGAGCAUGGGAAUGUGAGAUAUGAUGCGAUCGUGAUGCAAAAUGAGAAUGCAAAGAAGAUUGUACAUUCACAGCAUAGGGAUUUGGUCCCGAAGGUCUUGAAAGAUGAUGAGAAAGAGGAGGAGAUAGAUGAUGAUGAGAUGCAGAAAGUGAUCGAUGAGACGACGCUGGAGACUAAGGCUGCACUUGAGAAGAUUGUGAAUGUGAGGUUGAGUGCUGCGCAACCAAAAAAUGUUCCCACACAGUCUUCGGAUUCUAAGUUUAUUAAGUACAAGCCAUCACAACAGUCAGCAGCCUUUAAUUCAGGAGCCAAGGAAAGAAUUAUCCGAAUGGUUGAUAUGCCAGUUGACCCCUUGGAUCCACCCAAAUUCAAACAUAAGAGGGUCCCAAAGGCAUCUGGUUCUCCCCCAGUGCCUGUUAUGCAUUCUCCACCUCGUCCCGUGACUGUGAAGGAUCAGCAGGACUGGAAGAUUCCACCAUGUAUUUCCAACUGGAAGAACCCUAAGGGUUAUACAAUACCGCUUGACAAACGUCUGGCUGCUGAUGGUCGGGGGCUUCAGGAUGUUCAGAUUAAUGAUAAUUUUGCUAAAUUGUCAGAGGCUUUAUAUGUUGCAGAACAGAAGGCAAGAGAGGCUGUUGCAAUGCGAUCAAAGGUUCAGAAGGAGAUGAUGAUGAAAGAAAAGGAGAAGAAAGAGAUGGAGCUGCGGGAGUUGGCCAGGAAGGCGAGAUCUGAGAGAACUGGUGUUGCUCCUGCUGCUGCAGCACAAAUGCCUUCUGAGAGGGGUGCAAUCAACAGUGAUGACAUGAGUGUUGAUUAUGAGCGUGUGAGAGAUGCCCCCAAGGAGUCAAAGGAGGAAAGAGAGGAGAGGUUGCAGAGGGAGAAAAUUCGUGAGGAGAGGCGUCGCGAGAGGGAGAGGGAGAGAAGACUGGAGGCAAAAGAUGCUGCAAUGGGGAAGAAGAGCAAAAUUACGAGGGAUAGAGAUCGUGAUAUCAGUGAGAAAGUUGCUCUUGGAAUGGCCUCGGCUGGAGCUGGAAGAGGGGGUGAAGUUAUGUAUGACCAGAGAUUGUUUAACCAGGAGAAAGGGAUGGACUCUGGUUUUGCUACUGAUGAUGCUUACAACGUAUACGAUAAGGGCCUAUUUACUGCUCAAUCUACUAUGAAUACUCUGUACAGACCGAAGAAGGAUGCAGAUGACGAGAUGUAUGGAGGUGCGGAGGAACAGCUGGACAAGUUAAUGAAAACUGAUCGUUUUAAGCCUGACAAGGCAUUUACAGGAACAUCUGAAAGAACUGGUCAAAGAGAUAGACCAGUUGAGUUUGAAAAAGAGGCUGAAGAAGCUGAUCCAUUUGGUUUGGAUCAGUUUUUAACGGAGGUAAAGAAAGGGAAGAAGGCCAUGGAUAAAGUUGGUACUGGAGGAACCUUGAAGGCUGGUGCAGGCUCUAUGCGUGAUGGUUUUGAAAUAUCUGGUAGAUCACGCAUUAAUUUUGAAAAGGGCCGAUAAAUGUGAUUGAGAAGUGGCAGAAAAAGGUCCUUUGGUCGUUCUCCCCGUGUUAUUUAGUUCCUUUUUAUGCCUACUAUUUCCACUAUAUGAAGUUAAUGUUAGAUUGGAUUUUAUUCUCAUAUUAGCUUGCUCUUAUAAUUCUGUAAUCUUUGAAUAUGAUUGCCUACUUUGGUUCAUGUUCACUUCGUUGAGAAGAUGGUGGACAAGACCGUCAUCCUGCUUUUCUGUUCCUCGCGUUUUGAUCUGUAUUAGAUAUAUCUCCCUUAUUAGCAUUGCUUUAA